GCCAAACACGACUUAUUAGGUGUAAACACAAACACACUUUUUCAUACCUUUGUUUCUCUUUUUCUUCUUCCCACUAUAAAUACAGAACCAUAGGAAAAUUCCUUCGAUUUCUUAAUUUCUUCUCUCGCCGAUCUCUUCUUACAUUUACCGGAAUGGCUUCCUCCACCGUCAACAGAUGGUUAAGACCUGAGGUGUAUCCAUUGUUCGCGGCGGUGGGAGUAGCUGUUGGUAUCUGUGGUAUGCAACUCGUGAGAAACAUAUGCACUAACCCUGAAGUCAGGGUGACCAAAGAGAACAGAGCUGCAGGCAUUCUUGACAACUUCGAGGAGGGUGAGAAGUAUUCUCAACACAUGGUCAGAAAAUUUGUGCGAAACAAAUCAUCCCAAAUCAUGCCCAACAUCAACAGUUUCUUCUCAGACCCAAAUUAAUGAAGUCAAAACCUCACCAAUUCCUCAAUUGAUAAUUGAUAAUGAUAUCACAUUGAUUUUAAAGACAAAACAAUUGUCUUUUUCAAAUCACAUUCAUAUACUCGAUUAUUGUUAUUCUUUUUAGGCUGCUCAUAUAUUAUUACAUUUAUUGAUGAGAUCCAUGGUAGAUCUCAAAAAAGCCUUAUAAUUUGUUUUUAGUAAUAAUCUUGACCGAUGAUAUUAUCAAUCAAAUUUUGGUCGAAACCUAUAAUGUUCUUGCAAGUUUGGCCUAUCAUGAUAAUGAUGUGACUUUAUUGUCAA